UGUUGCUCUGGGUGAAGAGCCCACUGCACACAGGUUACAGCCGUUUUACCAGUUUUACACCUCAAACAGCGGGAAACUUCAGGCUUUCGCUUCGCGCCUCGUACAGCACUUUGUGUUCUUGUGUAGGUCAUGUCUGACACGGACAAUGGUGGCACAAAUGCAGAUGGAGGUGACAGUGUGGACGCCAAAGGAUUCAGCCUGAAAGGUCUGUUCAGGUCUGACAAAGAAUCUGUUCAAGCCAAAGAAGUCAAAGACAAACAACCUCCUGACUUGUACAGAUACCGCAUGGACUACCCUAAACUUGGGAAAUGUAUCAUCAUCAACAACAAGAAUUUUAACCACAACACAGGGAUGAGGGACCGGGCUGGAACAGAUGUGGAUGCAGCAAAAGUGGUGAAAGUCUUCAGAGAGCUGGGUUUCAGUACUUCAGUCCAAACCAACCGAACUGUUUCACAAAUGUGGGAGAUUUUAAUAAAAGCAUCCAAGGAGGACCACAGCCAGUCAGCCAUGUUUAUCUGUGUGCUACUGAGUCAUGGGGAUGAAGGAGUGAUCUAUGGCACCGAUGGAUGCGUGGAACUGAAGGAGCUAACGAGACUCUUCAGAGGAAACCAGUGUAAAUCUCUAGCUGGCAAACCUAAACUCUUCUUCAUACAGGCGUGUCGUGGAACAGAGCUGGACCCUGGCAUCGAGACUGACAGUAGUCCUGAUUCAGAGGGCAUAAAAAGGAUUCCUGUUGAAGCGGAUUUCUUGUAUGCGUACUCCACUGCCCCAGGUUAUUAUGCUUGGAGAAACGCAACUAACGGUUCAUGGUUCAUAUCAGCCCUUUGUGAGAUAAUGGAAAAACAUGGCAGAGAGCUGGAGAUUAUGCAGAUCAUGACACGUGUGAACCACAAAGUGGCGCUGGAGUUCCAGUCUUCCUGCAGCCUUCCGGGGUUUAAUGCUAUGAAACAAAUACCAUGCAUUAUGUCCACACUGACCAAAGAACUGUACUUUCCAAAGUGACUGAGUUUCAAUGAAAUUAAAUUAGGUCUAGGAGAGGAGUUUGGUUGGCACGCACUACAUAGUGGACCAAACAGGGGCCAUUCUACUCUCUCUGCCCUCUAACCUCUGACCAAACUCAGAGUCUCUUCACCUUAUAUCAUGACCAAACUGUUAUUGUUAUAAUCCAAGAGCUGCCCAUUCUGACCAGAAGUAACCAUUUGUGGAAGAAAUUCCCCAACAUGGAAGAGUCCUAUCAAAUAAAGAUGCUAAUAAGAACUGUCCCUUUGAGGUGGAAUAAGGCAGCUCCUCAAAAAGGCAUAAAUUUUUUUUUAACUCUACAGCAGGAACUUUUCAAUUGUUUACCAUAUCCAUAAUCAAUAGAAAGUGGAUCACGUUGAUUAAAUCAAACAUUAAUUAAGUUGUAUCUCUGAUUGUCUCUAAAAUGUGUCACAUCUCCAACAUGACACUAUAAUAUUUUCUUAUGAAUAUAAAUCAUUCCAUGAUCAUCCAAUGGGUUGGUGGCUUUAGACUCCCAGUAAGAUACGUGAAAUGGAGCUGGUUCAUAAAAAAUACAGUGUCCAAUGCCAGAGUGUUCUGAGAAAAAAACUAUUGGUCACGUGAUUGUCGAUUGCUUUGAAACAAAAGAUACUUGUUAAUUCAAAUAAAUCAAUUUUGUAAUAAAAGAAUUAUAUUUUGCAUAUGUAUUUGCAUAAUAAUAUAUCAAAUAUGGGUAACAAGAGCAAAAAUGUCAAUAGAAAAUGUUUUUAUUCCUUCUGAAAAAGUCAUUAAACAAUGUAUAGUAAAGUUGAAAUGAAAACAAAAAUAUGAAAUUACAAGGAAAAAUAUUACAUUUUAAUAUAGAACAUUUC